AUGGAUAUCGAUACCAAUCCCGCCCAGCAACGCUCUUCGAGGAAGCAUCUGCGCACCAGCGACGAUGAUGGUGACUUGGAAUGGAGUUCUGAUGUAUCUGGUCAGUUUGAUGAUGCCGAUGAACCAGACAUGGACGACUACAAAUCCCCGGCAAAGUCGGUAAAGCGACGUCGGUCCAAUGACUGGCCGCUGCCGGAAGAAGCUGCAGAUUAUGGCAACAAUGGCGGUCGGAAUGUUCGCAAUACAAAUGGCUCAUUGGGUCCCAACUACAAAGCGUCUCCUCGUACAUCUCCCCGCGGCUCAGCUUCAUCUCUGCGAAACAGACACAAAGUAUCAUCCGACAGCCCGCGACAUCGCCUCGGUCGCCGGUCGCGAUUCGUUGAAGCAACCAUGUGUGAUAGUGUCAGUGAAAAGCCACCUAGCGUUUUGUUCCGAGACCAAAAGAACCACACCAGCGCGGGACAUCGUGGAUCUGGGAUUUUUCGAUUUGGAAAAGCGAUUGCAUCUGCUUUCAAUCCAUUUGGUGGUUGGGGCAAGCCCUCGCAUGAAAUCACAAAAUCGCCCCAGAAAGAUGCGCUCACACAGGCCGAGGAGGCAUAUGCGGAGCUCAAGCGCGCAGGAUACAAGGGUACCAACAAGGGUUCUUACAUGCAAAGCCAGCAGCGCAUUGACCCUGCCCUCGCCGAUCAAACCUGGAACGCAAUCCAAGAAAAGAUGGGCUAUGCGACCUCCCCCACUGAGUCAUCUGCAUGCCUGGACCAUCCAUCUGAUGAUUCUGAGAAUAUCGGAGUUCGCAGACAAAAGUCUCGCAAGGAACUCUCACGCGAAACCAAGUUGAUCAAGAAAGUCAGCAACCUUGAAGACAAACUGGCACGCGCGCGCCGAGAACUUCACCAGCUCAGUGGUAAUGAAGAGCGACUGCCAGCUCCGGUCCAAGAGACUACUCGGCCCAUGAGUGUUGAAAUGGAUCCUGGAAGUUACCCUCGCAAGUUUGUCCCUGGUGCACUCCCAACAUUGCCGUCUGAGCGAUUGCUCGAUCAACACGCCGCGAUUUCGGGAUCCCCUGAGCCCUAUGGCGCUCAGAUUACCGCAUUGCCAUCUAUGGAUCAAAGAAGUAUUUCAUCUCAGUCAUCUCAUUCUAUGACCAAGUCACCCAAACUGCUCACUAAAGAGCCACGACCAUCUUCAAUGGGUAAGGAAAGCUCUUCCCGCAAAAGGAAGUCAACAGUUCCUGAACCUAUCGCUAGUCGGAAACCUAUUCAGCCCAUCUCGACGAACCACAUCGCCGAUAAUCGCACAUCCACAUCCGAACACGAGCAUUUAAUCGACGCCGGUCUACUCAGCCCGGCACCACGCCAGUCAAAGUGGCAGAAAUUCGAAGCCGACGAAAGUCCAGGGUCCGUAGAGCGCAAGCGCAAGGAUCCUGGUACUUCAUUGGCAAUUCUAGACGGAGGUUCAAUGCACAAAAGGUCUAUCAAUGUACCCCGAAGAUCUUCAAGCGUUCAUCGCUCACCAAACUCAAAGAACAUAAUACCCACACCUUCGAAACGAUCGACUCGCUCUACUUCACCAAACCAUCCUCUUCUCCUCAAAUCCAAUCCUACUUUUGAUUUUUCUUCUCCACCCCCGCCAUCUAGUGCCGCCCAUCGAUCGUUUUACAUGCAAUCUCACCGACAACUCGACCCUGACCAACGUAUUCGCAGUUCGCCCAUCAAGCCACGUCGUCCUUCUCACAGACGCCGACACAGUUACCAUACGGAUGCAGAUAUUCCACCCGUGCCCCCUCUUCCAAAAGAGCUCCUCGGGGAUGCGGCGAAGGUAACGAAACCAUUAGUCAAGAAACACAACCCGGCGAGAGACUCUGCCCCCGCAGUUCUCUCCAAGCAGACUCUAGAUUUUCUUAGUCAGACACCUACCACGGGUGAAGCGUUUUCUUGGCCUGAUGAUAUCUUUUAA